AUGUAUAACAUCUUCGAUUUGAUUCGAAGGAAUGAAAUACAGAAAAUAGGUGGUAUUAAUGAUUCUUUUCUAGACGUAUACAACGAAGAUGAUUAUACUCCUUUAUUAUUUGCAGUUGCUAAUAGGAAACAUCAGAUUAUACCAAUUCUUCUUGAAAAAGGUGCGAACGUUAAUGCAUACCUCCCAAAAUCAAAAGAAAACGGCCUACAUAUUGCAGCAAGGAUUGAUGACCUAGAAACAACACGAAUUCUUCUUGCAAAAGGUAUUGAUUCAAAUUGGAGGACCUCCGAUGGUAAAACUGCAAUGCAUAUAGCUGCUGAGCAUGACUCCAUCGAAGUUUUAAACGAAUUAAUCCUCCACAGAAUUGAUAUUGAUGCCAAAGCUAACAAUGGAUAUACAGCAUUACACUUUGGUGUCGCAAAUAACCAUUUACGAGUAGUCAAGUUUUUAUAUUGCAAUAAUGCAGAUUUAAAUAAGGAAGCGCCAGGCGUUGGCAAAGCAACAAAUCUCAUCAAAGAUGAAGAAAUCAAAGAAUACUUCAAGAAUGUCUCGAUUUUCCAAAAAAUACAGCAUUAUUUCAAAGAAAAUAAUACGUUUGAACUUUUACAGAUUUUUGCUGAAAAUCCUAAAAUGAUUAACUUCAGAGGAAAUUCAUAUCUUACGCCAUUAAUUUUAUCCGUUUUCAACAAGAAUUUACCGAUUGCCAAUUAUUUAAUCAAAAAUGGAGCCGAUAUGAACGCUUGCGAUAAGACCGGCAACACCGCACUCCACUAUGCAGUCGUAAGCAACUACAUGUCUCUCGUACAUUUGAUAUUUUUAAGUGGCGGCAAUAUUGAUCGUGCCAAUCCAAUUACACAGGAGACACCAAGAGCAAUGCUUCAAAGCCUUGGUAUCACUUAUUCACGUGACAAGCCUACUCUCAAAGAGGAUAAAUUUAUGGAAAUCUGUAAAGCUAUUGAGAGCCAUAAUUCAGCCAAAGCCAUGGAGUUACUUGUUACUUCAGAUAGGAUCUUCGACAUCACCGAUAAAAAAGGUAAUAACCUUCUUCAUUUAGCCGCUGCUGAAGGUUUGCACGAAGUUGUACUUUUUAUAGCAACCGAUAAACUUCACGACAUGAACAUCCAAAAUAAAGACAAGAAUACAGCUUUGAUGAUCGCAUACCAGAAAUAUACUUCCAUUAAUAAUAAUAAGGACCUCUGGAAAGUCAAUCCAAGAAAUAUGAACUACAUGCUAGUAAUGAAAUCGCUUGCUUACUGUAACGCUGACUUGGCAGAACUCGAUACUCUUAUGAAACAUGCAAUCGAGUCAGGAGCAAGCGAAAUGAACUUGAUCCUCUUCCUCAUGGACAUUUGCCAUCAAUACAACCACAGGAAACUUCCUUCAGGCGAAACUUUCUUUAUGUACGCCGUUCGACUCGGAAAUCUCGAAGCUGUCUGCAACAUGCACCCAUAUGGCUUCGAUCCAGCAGAUAGAAACCCAACAACAGGCAUGACUUACCUCCAUUACGCUUACGUUCACAAAAAUAAAAUUUUCCUUCACAUGUUCCAGAACUUGAUGCUCGAUGAUGAAUCAGAUAACCUCGGAGUUACAGCAACAGAAGUAAAUAAGUUCAUUAAUAAGUGCGAUUUGACAAGAUACAAUCAUAUCAAGUUAUCAAACGAAACAGUGUUCGAUUUCUACAGAGCAUAUGCCAUGCAAGAUACAAAAAGAAUUUCAAGCAUGCUAUUUUUACAUAAAAAACUACACAGAUCUUGUUAUGCAAAUGAACUUCACGCUUUACACUUAGUUGCCAUGCUUGAUGACUACCCGCUUAUAGAUACAUGUUUAGAAGCCGAAAAAGAGUCAGAUUGCAGAGAUAUGCAUGACAUGCCUCCACUAUUUUAUUGUAUCAAGAGUGGAAAGUUAGAUACAGCCAAAUACAUGGUCAGUAAGAAGUGCAAACUCACAGUCAAAGGUCCGAAAGGCAGAAAUGCUCUCCACUUCGCUGUUCUUUCAUGUCAUCAACCAACAAUCGACUGGGUUAUCUCGAAAGACAUCGAUUUGCUUGCAAUGGAUCACAACAAACGCAGUUGCUUGCAUUACAUGGUCAUUAAAUGCUCUACAAAGGUCUUAAAGGACACAUUGAAAGGUAAAUUCUUCUGUGUAGACGUAAAUGACAAAGAUAACAGAACUCCUUUAUCUAUAGCCUGUGAAAUGGGCAAUUACGACGCCGUUGACUUCCUUGUCAGUAACUUUGAUGCAUUUAUCGACGCAUGCGACGUAAAAGGUAACUCUCCGUUACUUUACGCUGCUGCAAAUGGCCACGCUGAUAUUGUUCUUUACCUUCUCAAGCACAAUCCACAGAAAUUGCUGAAUAAUAUGGGCCAAUCCGCACUUCAUCUUACAAAUUCAGUUGAAGUACUCAAUAUUUUCAUCCAAAUGAAUGCUAAUACAAACUUACUUGACCUCAGAAACAGAACACCUCUACAUUACAAUGCUGCCAGAGGAAAUACAAAAUUAAUUGAAGUUUUACUUGAAAAUGGUGCUGAUUGCAACAUCCGUGACAAAGAAGGUUUCACUCCUCUCGAAGUUGCCAUCUCAUGCAGACAAUUAGAAGCUGCAAGACUCCUCAAGACAACUGGCAGAGAUACUUUGUCUCUUCCAUUACACGCAGCAGUUCUUUCUGACAAUCUCCAGAUUGUCAAGGAGUGCGUGGCUGAAGAUCCAGCUCGCAUUAACCAGAAAGACGCUUUCGGUCGUUCUGCGAUUCUGCUCACAGAAAACAACAAAAGUGCGGAUAUUCUCAAGUUCCUCAUUUCGAAAGGCGCCGACAUCAACGCAGUCAACGAAGAAGGCAGCAACAUUGCUCACCUUGUUGCUUACAAGCUCAACCUUCCUCUCAUCGACGCCAUUCCUCAGGAGAUCGUGAACAAACGCGAGAGAAAGAAGAACAACUCUCCAUUGCAUUUAGUUCUCCAGAGAUUGUUGGAUUCAGAAGCAAAGAGCGAGGAUUACGAUGAGGAACUCGAAUACCAGCACAACAACACAGAUGAUCCAAACGGCAUCGAUCAGACUUUCGAGAGAAAGCCUCGCCGCGAGAGAUUGGCUUUAGUUCACAUUGCUGUCAACUCACUUUUGAAGAAAGGCGCAGACAAAACAGCGAUGAACUCGAAAUACACGACACCUCUUCACAUGGCAGCAUGUGUCGAUGACUGGAAACUCACAGAACUUGUCAUGGACAAGUUUAUGCUCGAUACAUUGGAUCAACAAGACAGAACACCUCUAUACAUCGCUGUCUCGAUGAAGAACGAAGAAGCAGCAAUAACAUUAUUAGAACACGGCUGCGGAAUUCUCGGUGGCCCGCAAGGAAAAGCUCCUCCUCCAUUUGUUGCCAUUCAGAAUGGAAUGUGCAGAACAUUGGAGAUGAUGUUCAAGAUGGGAUUGGAAUACGGCUUGACUUAUAAAGGCGAAACAAUGAUGGAUGCUGCAGCACAUCAAAAAGUAUCCGAAGUUUCUGAUGUCAUCAAGAAGUACAAAGGAUAUAAAGCCAAGCCAAAAGUCAAGGAAAUCAACAGUGACGAUGGAAAUAGAAGCCAGAGAAGGAAAUCUAGACAUCUUAGAAAAGAUUCUAUCGAUCCUGCAAUUAAAGAAGCAAGAUUGCGCGAAGAACAAAGAAAGAAAGAAGAAGAACAAAUGAAACUACAACAACAAGAAAGAGCACAAUUAAAUCAAAUUCAAAUUCAGGAUUCUGAAUCUUCUUCUUCAUCGGAUAGCACAACAUCGGCACCUCCACCAAGAAAGAGGAAAUGGAGUGAAAGUUCUAACAAAUCAUAUGAUUAUAGCGACUUAUCAAGCAACUCUGAGUCGUAA